UCUAAACGGCAACAAACAGUUUUUGCUGCUAGGUCGCGUAGUUAAGUGAUUAUUUUCCAUAUUCAUAAACAUUUCGUUACACCGCCUCACUGGAGAAAGAGAAAUGGAAAAUGUGCAUCUGGCUCUGGAGGAGGACGAUCUUUAUUCCGGUUACAACGACUAUAAUCCAACAUUUGACUCCGAGGAGUUGGAAAAUGAUGUGGGCUUUCAGCAAGCAGUGAGGACAAGUCAUGGAAGAAGACCCCCGAUGACUGCCAAAUUUCCUGGCACUGCCAUUGGAGCUCGGCCUUUAGCUUCUUCCUUUGGAUCUCGGAUCCCUAUGACCUCUUCAGUGGGCAGACCCAUGACUGGAGCUGUGCAGGAUGGAGCCGCCCGACCAAUGAGUGCUGUUAGAGCAGCAGGUUACACCUCCUCCUUGAUCCGUGGCUCAACCUUUGACCCUCUCGGUCAGUCCAGAGGUCCUGCACCUCCACUUGAAGCAAAGAAUGAGGACACGCCUGAGGAGAAGAUCAAGAUCCUGGAGAAGAAAGUGAAUGACAUGAUAGAAGAGAGCUGCAUGGCACAGAGCAUGGGAGCCUUACAACUGGCUCUUGAAAAAGCCAAAGAGGCAGGGAGGAAGGAGAGAGCACUGGUAAGACAGAGGGAACAGUCUGGCAAUGUGGACCACAUCAAUUUAGACCUCACCUACUCGGUUUUGCUCAAUCUCGCGAACCAGUAUGCAAACAAUGAAAUGUACCCAGAGGCCCUAAACAGCUACCAGGUCAUUGUGAAGAAUAAGAUGUUCAGCAAUGCAGGCAUACUGAAAGUCAACAUGGCCAACAUCUACUUCAAACAGAAAAACUACGCCAAAGCCAUCAAGUUCUACCGAAUGGCACUGGAUCAGAUCUCCAACGCUCACAAGGAAAUGAGGAUCAAGAUAAUGCAGAAUAUCGGCGUGGUCUUUGUCUGCCUGGGCCAAUACUCUGAUGCCAAAACGUCUUUCGAACACAUAAUGAGCGAGAGCCCUAACAUCAAGACAGGCUUCAACCUCAUCCUGUGCUACUACGCCAUCGGUGACAGGGAGGGGAUGAAAAAUGCAUUUCAGAAGCUCAUUUCAGUCCCUCUAGGCAUUGAUGACGAAGACAAGUACAUCCCAUCCAAUGAUGACACCAAUUCAAAUAUGGUCAUCGAGGCCAUUAAGAAUGACAAGCUGCACCAGAUGGAGAGAGAUCUAAAAGCCCUGGCUGAGAAGUACAUCAUGACCGCAGCCAAGCUCAUUGCUCCAGCUAUUGAGACUUCUUUUGCUGCUGGAUUUGACUGGUGCGUGGACAUGGUGAAGAGCUCUCAGUACGUUGAGCUUGCCAACGAUCUAGAGAUCAACAAAGCCAUCACCUAUCUCAGACAAAAGGAUUUCAAGCAGGUUGAGGCAGUUGAAACCUUGAAAAUGUUUGAGAAGAAGGACAGCAGAGUGAAGAGCGCUGCAGCCACCAACCUCUCUUUCCUCUACUUCCUGGAGAAGGACUAUGACCAUGCUGACCGAUACGCUGAUCUCGCCAUGAGCGCUGAUCGCUACAACCCAGCAGCACUUACCAACAAGGGGAACACCGUGUUCGUCAAACAGGACUACGAAAAGGCUGCAGAGUUCUUCAAAGAAGCACUCAGGAAUGAUUCCUCCUGCACUGAGGCCCUCUACAACCUGGGUUUAACCUAUAAGAGACUGAAUCGUCUGGAGGAGGCUCUGGACUGCUUCCUGAAGCUCCAUGCCAUUCUGAGAAACAGUGCCCAAGUCAUGUACCAGCUGGCCCACCUCUACGAGCUCCUGGAGGAUCCCCAGCAGGCGAUCGAGUGGUUGAUGCAGAUGAUCAGUGUAGCUCCCACCGACCCCCAGGCACUGGCCAAACUGGGAGAGCUGCACGAUGGCGAGGGGGACAAAUCCCAGGCUUUCCAGUACUACUACGAGUCCUUCAGGUACUUCCCCUCCAACAUCGAUGUGAUUGAGUGGCUCGGGGCGUACUACAUCGAGACUCAGUUCUGUGAAAAGGCCAUUCAGUACUUUGAAAGAGCCACACUCAUACAACCAACACAGGUGAAGUGGCAGCUAAUGGUGGCAAGCUGCUACAGAAGAAGUGGAAACUACCAGAAAGCUCUGGAAACGUAUAAAGACAUCCACCGCCAGUUUCCAGAAAAUGUGGAAUGUCUGCGUUUCUUGGUGAGGCUGUGCACAGACAUGGGAUUGAAGGAAGUCCAAGAAUAUGCCACCAAGCUGAAGAAGGUGGAGAAGAUGAAAGAGAUCAGAGAACAAAGGGUGAAGUCGGGGCGGGAGGGCAGUGCCAGAGGUCGGAGAGAAGGCAGAGAGGGCAGCGCUGGGAGUGCUGGCAUCUCCACACCUAUCCUCACCUCUCCUAAGAAGGCCAGCAUCAUGGGCAUCACAGAGGAUGUGAAAACAGACAGCAGCCACAGCAGCAACAGCACUAAAGGAGAGCGGCUGAGCGCGAAGAUGAGGUCACUUCCUGCCUCCAAUGAGCCCUACGAGGCCAGCAGCCCAAAAGAACUAGAUGCGUCCUAUGUGGACCCACUGGGGCCCCAGAUGGAGAGACCAAAGACGGGAGCCAAGAAGCGCAUGGACGAUGACGACUUUGCAGAUGAGGAGCUGGGAGACGACCUGCUGCCGGAGUAGUUGCUUCCAUCUCCUCACCCUCUGCCUCACCCUCUGCCUCACCCUCUGCCUCACCCUCUGCCCCACCCUCUGCCCCACCCACUGCUGAGUCUAACUGAACGUUUUCUCUUUUGUCAGCUUUGCAAGGCAAGAACACAAAGCUUCACCACAAAACCAAAACAUUUCAACUCAGCUCUACAUAAAAAACCCAUAAACAUUACAGGAUAAAGACUUUAUUUUUCAUGGACAUUACAGACAGUGACUCUGUUAUUCCACUACUGUUUACUGUUUACAUCGGCAGUCCAGGGGUCAGUUGUCUUUAAGAGGUUGGUCAACUUUGCCUUACAUCUCACUUUGCAUGAAAAAACAGAAAGGUGUAGUGCUGAUUUUUUUUUUUUUUAAAGGUAAAUAUGAAUAUUUAUUUAAUACAGUAAUACCUGUAAACAUGGAAUGAAAGGAGGAAGCUGAUUACAGUGCAGUCUCUGUACUCCAGCACAAUGAAUCGGAAACUGAACAGUUACAAAGAGUGUUGACGUUUAACUUUAAUUUGAAUGUGCUUACAUUUAUUUUGAAUGAAGUGUGUAGAAAUCAGCGACAUUUUUGGACACAAUGUUCUUCUCAAGAGUAAAAGGACUUCCUGUGCAGUUCAUCCAGUAUGGAUGAGAACACUCACCAAAAACCGAUAAGGCUGAAAGUCUUCAUCUUUACCCCAUCGUCACCUUUUCAUUGUAAAUCCAGUGUUGGAGCACAGAGCCAAAAACAAUGAGAAACAUAUCACUGUCCAAAAAUUUUUUUUGGACUGCACUGUGUGUCUCCAUGUGUCAGCCUGGGAACCUUCUGGAAAGUCUAUCAACACUAUAUACCAGACUUCUGUUAUACAUCCUUUUCAGGCCCUGCUUCAUGACAUUUUCCAUUUUGUACUUAUUCCAAAAUGUUUAUCUGCAGUAUAAUAUUUAUUUAUUUUCUUGUUCGUUCAGUUCUUUGUUGUUCAUUAUAUAAUUAAAA